AUGAGCAUCUUGAAUUCCUUUGUCGGUGACAUUUUUGAGCGCAUUGCAGGUGAGGCGUCGCGCCUGGCACAUUAUAACAAGCGCUGCACUAUCACGUCCAGGGAGAUCCAGACGGCUGCGCCUGCUGCUGCCUGGGGAGCUGGCCAAACACGCCUUGUCCGAGGGCACCAAGGCCGUCACCAAGUACACCAGCUCCAAGUAA